AUGGAGGAGGAGGAAAAGCCCCAAAUCCAGAGCUUGGAGCUGGUGGAGAAGCCUCAUGGCAGGGAGAAGCCACACAGGUGCUUGGAAUGUGGGAAAUGUUUCAGCUGGAGCUCCACCCUGAGGCAGCACCAGGUGAUCCACACUGGGGAGAGGCCCUUUGAGUGUGGGGAGUGUGGGAGGAGUUUCAGCCACAACUCCAUCCUGAUCCAACACCAGAGGAUCCACACUGGGGAAAAGCCCUAUGAGUGUGGGGAGUGUGGGAGGAGCUUCAGAGGAAGCUCAGCAUUGAUUCAGCACCAGGUCAUCCACACGAGGGAAUGGCCCUACACCUGCUUGGAAUGUGGGAAGAGCUAUGGGUGGAACUCUGACCUGAGAAAACACCAGCGCACCCACUCUGGGGAGAGGCCCUACGAGUGUCCUGAGUGUGGGAAGAGGUUUCACAGGAGCUCCGAUCUCCUCAAACAUGAGCGGAUUCCCACAGAGGAGAGGCCCUUCCGCUGCCCUGACUGUGGGAAGGGCUUCAAGCAAAACGCCAAACUCACCAUCCACCAGCGCAUCCACACUGGGGAGAGGCCCUACGAGUGUGGGGAGUGUGGGAUGAGCUUCUCACAGAGCUCUCACUUGACAGAACACCAACGGAGGCGCCACUAAGGGAAGCCCUGUGAGUGCCCCACGUGAGGGAAGAGCUUUGUGUGCUGCUCCAGCUCUGUCCCCCAUGAGACGAUCUACAUUGGAUGAUCCCCAGUGAGCGUUGUUGGGCAGAGCCCUGGUGAUCCAUGGUCCUGGUGAUCCGUGUUGGGAAGACACCUGGCUUGGAGGCUCCACAUCUUCCUGGUUCCCUGUGGGUAGCUAGAUAAACCCAGCAGCAGGAACAUCCAUUGGGACACAGACCUACAAUGGGAAUUCCUUGGGGAGGGCAGAUUUGUUGACUUUCAACCCCAUAAAAUCUUUUGCAUUCAAUCCUAUCUUCUGGUGACAUCAGGGAGUACUGAAUGGUGUUGAAGGUAUGUUCAGGGUGGACUAUAUGAUGUUUGUAUCCCCAGUCUGUUCUGUUUAUGCUUUAAAGCUUUAAAGUACCUUUAAGACUUUUCCUGAGAGUGAAGAGGGAGAGAAGAAAUGCAGAGUUUGUUUUCAGAAACUGCACUCACUCCUCCACAUUGCUGCUCCUGCACUGUGUUGUCUGCGGAUGGACAGACAGCGGGACAGAGCUCUCCUUUGCUUUUACUUAGUUUUAGCUAGCUGAGGCAAAGUAGUUCCCUACUGUGGGGUUUUUUCCCUUUUCUUUGGACCUGUUUAAACCUGCUCUGGCCUGAACACCAGAAGAGCAUGGGCAGAUCACACCUGUGGCCCACCAGGCCGGGCCUGGGCCGCGGCAUUUCCAGCACCAGAGGGACUGAUAAGGGACUGAGUGAGCUGAGCUACAGCCCACAGAGGGACUUGGUGAGUUUGUCUCUCUUUUAGAGCAGCAAGAGGUUUUAUUGUUUAAUAUUGUUUAGGUUUUAUUGUGUAAUAAACAGUUUUUUCCACUUUUCUUCAAA